UUUUUUUGUCAUUGUCUUUGUAGAUAUUUGGCUCAUUGUUUAUGCGACCACAACGAUGAUCCCUGGACCAUCAUUCGUGAACAUCUAUAUCUAUAGUCUUGCAUUUGUUGUAACAGCACAAACAAAUAUUGAAUUUUUAUCAAAACCUGUAAUUUUCGGAGAAACUGCUAAGCUUUCGUGUACAGUCAACACUACAAAAGUCGUACGAGACAAUUCAGAUAGCAGAAGUUGGAAAGGGGGACCUUUAAAUGCAUUAAUGUGUACAGAUGGUGUUUGUACAGAUCAUAGAAAAUAUCACGAAACAUUAGUAAAGGAUCAACAUCAAGUUAUCCUAGAAAUACACAAUUUCUCGGAGUCUGACGUGGACUGUGAUUACUGCUGCAUGUUUGGCGCUGAAUCAAUAAGGAGAAGGUUUGAGCUUAAUGAAAGGGAUUACGCAUUUCACCCAACGAAAGAAAUGAUAAUAGUUAAGUCGGACCUUCAGCGAGGACACUUUACUAUUGACAUCAAGUUUGGAAAAGUGUGGCCAACACCUGUCUGCGAAAUAAUGUUCGAGGGAAUUAACUUUGUGAAUAGAACCAGCAUAUCAAAUGGAAAAAAUGGUAAACUGUAUUCUACAAGUAUUAAUUUGGAGCAUCGAUUCAGAAGUGACUUUUGUAGUGGAGAAACAUUUGUUUCCUGUCGUAUUGGUACCAAACAUAUAGAAGUUCACAGGAAACGAUUCCAUACCUGUCCUGUUUCAUUGACUGAGAAUCCAGGAGACCAAAACAAUAUGCCUCUGAUGUCAAUACUCAUAGUUGGUUUAUUGAUUUGUAUGGUGAUGUCUGUAUAUGUUCUUUUGAUGCUAAUACGGCAUAAUAUAUUCAUCAAGAAUAUUUCUGAUUAUCUAACUGGGAAAUCGUAUGAUUAUCAUGCGGAAAUCAAACUUAAACAAGAUAUUGAAACUACAGAAGAGAAAGUGGGUUUAACACUCAAAUGGCAAAAAGGCAAUGAACAACGCAAUGUAUAAAUUGUGAAAUUCAAGCAGUUUUUCUCUUUCAUCAGUGCCCUUUGUUUAAAGUAUAUAUACAGUUUUGAAUUAAUUUGUAUAUGUUUGAUAUAUGCUAUUGAUAUUUAAACAAUUGUGUAGUUAUCAUAUUAUGAUAGUGUUUCCAUUAAGUAAUAUAUAAAUUCAUCAUAGAUAACUGGAUAUAACUGUGUACGCCAGUCUACAAACGACUUAUCAGUGACACUCGAAUAAAAAAAGGAUAAAAGGCCAAAUAAAGUACGAAGUUGAAGAGCAUUGUGAGAUGGAGUAUUGGAAAUAACAUUGUGCUGCAGCUUGCUUUUUCCAGUGAAUGCAUAUUGAAGAAGUUUAACAUUAAACGCUAAUAGAUAGGAUAUCGAAUAGAGAUGUAUUCAAGUAAAUUUAUCGUUUUUCU